UCUGCAGGAACUUAUGGAUUUGCAGAGGGACCCCCCAGCGCAGUGUUCCGCUGGUCCCGUGGGAGAGGACUUGUUUCACUGGCAGGCGACUAUCAUGGGCCCCAAUGACAGCCCUUUCCAAGGUGGCGUUUUCUUCCUCACCAUUCACUUUCCCACAGAUUAUCCCUUCAAACCCCCCAAGGUCGCAUUUACAACCAAAAUCUAUCACCCCAACAUAAACAGUAAUGGCAGCAUUUGUUUGGACAUCCUGCGGAGCCAAUGGUCACCAGCCCUGACGGUUUCCAAGGUUCUGCUCUCUAUCUGCUCCCUUCUCUGUGACCCCAAUCCUGAUGACCCUCUGGUGCCAGAGAUCGCUCACACGUAUAAAGCAGACCGGGACAAGUAUAACAGACUAGCACGAGAAUGGACACAGAAAUAUGCAAUGUAA